AUGUCCGCCGAAGAGCUCAUUCGUAAAUUCUAUCAUGGUUCCUACAAGAUUAACAGCCAUGGUUACUUUGCAUGCCCACUUUAUGACGACAAGAUACGUGAAGAUGAUCAGAUAUGCAAAUUUUUCGUACGCAAUGAAGGUCGUACACUCUCUGAAGAAGAAUUCAAGCACUUUUGGUCACAUGUAUCACUUGUUCAUGAAAAUAUGUAUCAAAAUAUUUUAGAAAUGUGUCGAUCAAAGAUCUCAACCAUCUCCAAGAUAGAUCAGCUAAGCUAUGUUUCUUUGAAAACAUGUAUCAAGGGCAAUUGUAGAGAGAUUAAAAAAAAACUUUUCUUCGAGAGCAGUUGUAACCAUGGUUCGUUUAACAGAUCGAUUGUGUUAGGUAGUAUCAGUACUGACUUCUCCUGGUUCUAUCCUCUAUUGUAAACAAACUCUCACAUUAAACUCAUUGUAAAAAGAUACAACUAAUCUGGUUAAGAUAAGCUACACUCACACGCUACACACAAUAGUGUGUGUAGCUUAUCAUUUUGAUUUAAACCAAUCAAAUUGCGUUCCACACAAUACCCAUCUUUCUUCUGU